AUGGAGACGCUGGCGGAUGAAGCGAUCGAUUUCACUGUGACGCGUUUGCCUUUUUUCCUACGCCCAGAGCUGCCCGGCAUCAACAAGAGCCUGGGCGAUGGCACUGCAGGGACCUGGCGGGUUGAAGACUCGCCUGGCACCUGGGGGCAACAGAUGGACCUCUACACCAAGAAGCACCCCGAGAAGUUCGGCGCGGACGGACAGGCGCCGGACGCCCGCUUUGGCAUCAGCUGGCAGGCGGCAGAGGUGGGCUUGAAGUUCAGCUUCGGACAGCCCAUGAGCAACUCCAUGGACGCCCUGCGACUGCUGGUGAAGGUGCAGCGGGAGCACAGCCCUGCAGUGCGGGAAGCCUUCUUCGAGAUCGUCUCGCGCAAGUACUUCACGGAGGGCCGACCCCUGGCAGACCACCAGAUGCUGCUCGAGGCGGCAAAGGAGGCUGAAGUGCCCACUGAGGGGCUGCUGGAGUGGCUCCGGAGCGGGGACGGCACCUUCGAGAUCCAGCGCACCUACGCGGAGAUCUUCUUCGGCUGGGGCUACACGUCAGUGCCUGUGACGCUGGUGAGCUGCGAAGGUCUGGAUCAGCAUAUCCAGGGCUCCCAGAAUUUGGAGGCCUACCUCCAAGUCUUCCGGCGAAUCUUGGAGGAGCCCUUGGCCUCCAAGACCCCGGAGCAGAAACUGCCCAUUUGGGAGAAGUACUCGCGCGUGGCGCAAGCCACAGGCACAGCCAAUGGCAAGGACUUCUCGGUGGAGGCCCGGGACAUCUUCUUCGGUGAAACCGCCCUCAACCUGCGGCAGAAAGCCAAAGGCGCGCGGCCUGGCUGA